GCAAAUAGCUGCAGGGUCUUAAGCCGUGGCUUCUUCUCGAACAUCGCUUCCCUUUUCUUCUUCUUUUUUCUUCUGGUUCUUCCAUGGCGUCGUCAAGCUCUGGAAGUUCAAUUCCCGCUCUAGAGGCUGUUCAAGUGCUGGUUUCGUCACUCGCUGAUGAAUCCCCCAUGGUCAGAGAGGCCUCCAUAGCCUCGCUCAAGGACAUUGCUGCCCUGAGCCCUCUCUUAGUUCUCGAUUGUUGCUCGGCCAGUUCGCGAGGAGGACGUCGGCGUUUUGGUAACAUGGCUGGGGUUUUCCAAGUGAUGGCAUACGGAGUCAGAGCCUUGGACAAGGACGAAGUCGACCCUCUUUUCAUGUCUAAGAUCGCGAAGAUUGCCACGGCAGAGAUCAUCUCCUCCAAGGAGCUCAAUACAGACUGGCAAAGAGCUGCAUCAGGCCUUCUUGUUUCAAUUGGCUUACAUUUUCCAGACCUAAUGAUGGAAGAAAUUUUUCUACAUUUACCUGGGCCAAACUCAGCUUUACCAGCUAUGGUUCAGAUACUAGCAGACUUUGCUUAUGCUGAUGCAUUGCAGUUCACCCCACGAUUGAAAAAUGUGCUUUCACGGGUUCUACCUAUUCUUGGAAGUGUACGAGAUGUCCAUCGACCGAUUUUUGCUAAUGCUUUUAAAUGUUGGUGUCAGGCUGUUUGGCAAUAUAGUCUUGAUAUCCCUUCGCAUUCACUUCUGGAUGGUGACAUCAUGUCAUUUCUGAAUUCUGUUUUUGAGCUUUUGUUGAGAGUUUGGGCGGCUUCACGGGAUCUAAAGGUUCGCAUAUCUUCUGUAGAAGCAUUAGGUCAGAUGGUUGGCCUUAUUACCCGGACACAAUUGAAGGCGGCUUUACCCAGACUUGUCCCCACAAUAUUGGAAUUGUAUAAAAGAGAUCAAGAUGUUGCCUUUUUGGCAACAUGCAGUCUUCACAAUCUCUUACAUGCUUCUUUACUGUCAGAAAGUGGUCCUCCUUUACUUGAUUUUGAGGAGCUCACAGUCAUUCUAUCAACACUCCUGCCGGUGGUUUGCAUCAAUAAUGACAACAAGGAGCAUUCAGAUUUCUCAGUUGGACUGAAGACAUAUAAUGAAGUGCAACGUUGCUUCCUGACAGUUGGUUUGGUAUACCCUGAGGAUUUAUUUGUGUUCCUUAUUAAUAAAUGCAGAUUGAAGGAAGAACCUUUGACGUUUGGUGCGCUAUGUGUUCUAAAACAUCUCUUGCCAAGGCUAUCUGAAGCUUGGCACAGUAAACGGCAUAAUCUUGUUGAAGCUGUACAAUUCUUGCUAGAUGAUCAAGAUUUAGGUGUCCGAAAGGUGCUUUCAGAGUUGAUUGUCGUUAUGGCUUCACAUUGUUACUUAAUUGGUCCAUCUGGGGAGCUGUUUGUGGAAUAUCUUGUGCGUCAUUGUGCUUUAACAGAUAAGGAUAGUAAUGACCUUGAGAGGUCCAAGGAUGUAUCAGGCAACCCAGAUAUUCCUUUCCAAUACAAGAGACUGGAGGUGAAAAUUGGGACACUUUGUCCAGCAGAGUUAAGGGCAAUCUGUGAAAAAGGCCUUCUUCUGCUGACUAUUACGAUCCCAGAAAUGGAGCAUAUACUUUGGCCUUUUCUACUGAAGAUGAUUAUUCCACAGGCUUAUACUGGUGCAGUUGCUAUGGUAGGACUUCCUCUGCAUCCUCAUAUUAUGCCCCUUUUUUGCAUGGAGGUUUGCAGAUGCAUCUCAGAAUUGUGCAGGCAUAGAUCUAAUAGCAAUACUAUGCUUGCCGAGUGCAAAGCUCGUGCUGAUAUACCAAAUCCCGAGGAGCUUUUUGUUCGCUUGGUGGUGCUUUUGCAUGAUCCUUUAGCGAGGGAGCAGCUGGCGAGUCAGAUUUUGACAGUUCUUUGCUAUCUGGCACCUCUCUUUCCAAAAAAUAUCAACUUGUUUUGGCAAGAUGAGAUUCCAAAAUUAAAGGCAUAUGUUAGUGACACAGAAGAUUUAAGGCAAGAUCCUUGUUAUCAAGAGACUUGGGACGACAUGAUAAUCAAUUUUUUUGCAGAAUCUUUGGAUGUGAUUCAAGAUUCUGACUGGGUGAUACCCCUUGGAAAUGCAAUUACAAAACAGUAUGGACUUUAUACAUCUGAUGACGAACACUCUGCACUUCUUCAUCGCUGCUUUGGUGUGUUUCUUCAAAAAGUGAAUGACAGGGCCUAUGUCCGGGAUAAGAUAGAUUGGAUGUAUAAACAAGCUAACAUCACAAUUCCAACAAAUAGGCUUGGUUUGGCAAAAGCCAUGGGGCUGAUUGCAGCAUCCCACUUGGACACAGUCCUGGAAAAGCUAAAAGGCAUUCUGGAUAAUGUUGAGCAAAGCAUUUUUCGAAGAUUCUUAUCUUUUUUCUCUGAUGAUUUUAAAACCGAAGACUCUGAUGAUAUACAUGCUGCUUUGGCUCUAAUGUAUGGAUAUGCUGCAAAAUAUGCUCCGUCAACAGUAAUUGAAGCCAGAAUAGAUGCACUUGUGGGGACUAAUAUGCUCUCUCGGCUUCUUCAUGUGCGCCACCCUACUGCAAAGCAAGCAGUCAUUACUGCUAUCGAUUUACUAGGUCGUGCUGUCAUUAAUGCUGCAGAAAAUGGUUCAUCAUUUCCAUUAAAAAGAAGGGACCAAAUGCUUGACUAUAUAUUAACUUUAAUGGGACGAGAUGACAGUGAAAGCUUUUCAGAUACUAGUCUGGAACUUCUGGGCACGCAAGCCCGUGCUUUAAGUGCCUGCACUACAUUGGUCUCUGUGGAGCCAAAACUAACGAUUGAAACCAGAAACCAUGUAUUAAAGGCUACCUUAGGGUUCUUUGCUUUACCAAAUGAUCCAAUAGAUGUCGUCAAUCCUCUUAUUGACAACCUCAUCACUCUCUUGUGUGCGAUUCUUCUUACAAGUGGAGAAGAUGGGAGAAGUCGAGCAGAGCAGUUAUCGCACAUCUUGAGACAAAUUGAUCAGUAUGUUUCUUCACCUAUGGAUUAUCAAAGGAGAAGAGGCUGUCUUGCAGUACAUGAGAUGCUUCUCAAGUUUCGAACAGUUUGCAUCACUGCACAUUGUGCCCUGGGCUGCCAAGGAAGUUGCACGCACAAGAAGCAAUUUGACCGUAACUUGCAUGGGAACUUUUCUAACUUACCAUCGGCUUUUGUAUUGCCAAGUCGUGAGGCCUUGUCAUUGGGAGACAGGGUCAUUAUGUAUCUUCCACGUUGUGCAGACACUAAUUCUGAAGUUAGAACAGUCUCUGCUCAGAUUCUUGAUCAGCUUUUUAGCAUCUCACUUUCACUUCCACGGCCUGAAACUUCCAGUUAUGGUGUGGACAUAGAAUUGUCCUACAGUGCUUUAUCGUCCCUUGAGGAUGUCAUUGCUAUUUUGAGGAGUGAUGCUUCUAUAGAUCCAUCUGAGGUUUUCAACAGAAUUAUUUCCUCUGUCUGCAUAUUACUGACAAAAAACGAGCUUAUAGCUACUCUGCAUGGUUGCACAUCAGCUAUAUGUGAUAAGAUCAAGCAAUCAGCUGAAGGGGCCAUUCAAGCUGUAAUUGAGUUUGUCACAAGAAGAGGGAAUGAGCUGAGUGAAGCUGAUGUUUCAAGGACGACCCAAGCUCUGCUGAUGGCUGCGACCCAUGUAACUGAGAAGCAUUUACGUCAGGAAACUCUUGCUGCUAUUUCUUCUCUAGCUGAGAGCACUAGUUCGAAAGUUGUCUUCAAUGAAGUUUUGGCUACAUCUGGAAGGGAUAUAGUAACAAAAGAUAUAUCUAGACUACGUGGUGGCUGGCCAAUGCAGGAUGCAUUUUAUGCAUUUUCCCAGCAUACAGUUCUUUCAUCUUUGUUCCUGAAGCAUGUGAUAGGUGUCUUUGGCCAGUAUCCCAUACCUAAAGGUGAUUCAGUAAAAGGAGACAAUCCUAGCCAUUUGGUUGACGGUCAAAUGGAGGAUGACAUUCUACAAGCUGCUAUUAUUGCUGUCACUGCAUUUUUCAGGGGUGGUGGUAAAAUAGGCAAGAAGGCUGUUCAACAAAAUUAUGCUUCUGUUCUUGCUGAACUCACUCUCCAAUUGGGAGCUUGUCAUGGUCUAGCUAGCUGUGGUCAACAUGAUCCAUUACGGGCUCUUCUAACUGCAUUCCAAGCGUUCUGUGAAUGUGUUGGAGAUCUUGAGAUGGGAAAGAUUCUGGCUAGAGAUGGAGAGCAUAAUGAAAAUGAGAGGUGGAUCAAUCUUAUUGGAGACAUAGCGAGCUGUAUUUCUAUAAAAAGACCAAAAGAGGUUCAAAGCAUAUGUGUAAUUUUAAGUAAAUCAUUAAAUCGACACCAAAGAUACCAAAGGGAAGCUGCUGCUGCUGCCUUAUCAGAGUUUGUCCGCUACAGUGAUGGAUUUGGCUCCCUGUUGGAGCAGAUCGUGGAGGUGUUGUGUCGACAUGUAUCAGAUGAGUCUCCAACAGUUAGGCGCUUGUGUUUGAGAGGACUAGUACAGAUACCUUCAAUCCAUAUGUUGCAGUACACAACUCAAGUUCUGGGUGUAAUAUUAGCUUUACUCGAUGAUUCUGAUGAAUCUGUGCAAUUAACUGCAGUCUCUUGCUUACUCACGAUGCUUGAGUCAUCACCCGACGAUGCAGUGGAACCCAUUUUGCUUAAUCUUUCUGUACGGCUUCGAAAUCUUCAGAUAUGCAUGAACCCAAAGAUGCGAGCUAAUGCUUUUGCAGCUUUUGGAGCCCUAAGCAACUACGGAAUUGGGGCACAGCACGAAGCAUUUCUUGAGCAGGUACAUGCUGCCAUUCCACGCUUGGUCCUGCAUUUGCAUGAUGAUGAUGUUAGUGUGCGACAGGCUUGCCGGAGUACUCUCAAACGAAUUGCCCCCUUGCUGGAAAUGGAAGGAUUGUUGCCCUUGUUCAACAUGCAUUGCUUCAAUCAUGAUCAUCGAACUGACUACGAGGACUUUGUCAGAGACCUCACAAAGCAAUUUGCUCAGCAUCUUCCCUCUAGAGUUGAUACUUACAUGGCAUCGACAAUACAGGCUUUUGAUGCACCGUGGCCAAUAAUUCAGGCAAAUGCUGUAUACUUCUCCAGUUGUAUGCUAUCUCUGUCAGAUGAUCAGCACAUUUUGACUCUCUAUUAUGCACAGGUGUUUGGAACAUUAGUAGGCAAAAUGAGUAAGUCAGCAGAUGCGGUCGUGAGAGCAACAUGUUCUGCUGCUCUUGGUUUGUUAUUAAAAUUCUCAAAGUCAUCCUCAUGGAAAGCAGCUCGAGUUGAUCGUGUGGAAUCAGGUCGAAGAAGCCAUGAUUCUUCAGCCUAAAAUGAAGCAGAAAUCUAUAAAGGAGAAAUUCAAAUGGUCAUCUUCAUCUGUGUACUCGAAAACAUAUCCCCGUGUUUGAUGAAGAAAAAGCAAUGCAUGAGGGAAUGUGGAAGUCAUGAUGUUCAUUUUCAAGGUGCAGAACGAAGCAGCUAGGGUGAAUGUUUAGAGCUCUGUGUUGACCUCUUUAGUAUGUAGGGUUAUCGAAUAUCGAUGUCUAUAAUUGUAAGUGACUUAUGCCAAUUUCUCAGCUGUUGUAAAUCAUGUCAAUUGUAGACUUGUCAGUUGUCAAUCCAUAAUUUGUGCCUAGGGUCAUCUUUGUA